AUGUUUAAUGUAUUGAAUUUGUUUGCAAAAAGUGAAGGCAAGAAACAAGCAGAAAACAAAGGGUUAUUUAACCCUGGAAGUCAAGGACUUGUUGAAAGCCUGAAAACAGAAGUUGAGCAAUUAACAGAAGAUCUUGAAAAAUAUCGCAAAGGUAAAAUCGAGCAAGAUCUCCUCAUUGAUGAUUAUUCUGGAAGGAUUAACAAAAUUACAUCCCGUUUACCCCCAAAUCAUGUUCAAAUUCUUGAUGAAGCAACAAGUGAAGUUAAAAGAUUAGAAAGCGAAAUCAAAGAACUCAGAAAUAAGUAUAUAUCAUUACAAAAAGACAAUCAGAAUCGCUCAAAUCUCAUUGCAAACAUGAAUAAUGACGUUUUCUCAGAAAUUCAACAUAUUAGAAACGAAAAGUAUAAUAUAUCAUUAAAUCCCGAGCAAGUAUUACGCGAUUCAACAACGGAAUUAUCUGUAAAAAAGAAUCAACUCAAUAUGUUAAAUAUGAAAAUCGAAUUAUCAGCAGAAAAAGAGUUAAACAUUUCAAACAUAGAAAGAGACUACGAAUAUAUGAAUCAGCGACUUGAAAUUGUACGCAAAAAUCUUGAAAACUCCAAAAAUUUACCAAAAGAAGAAAAAGAAUUGAUAUCUAAACUCGACAAUCUCAAAAAAUCAUCAGAAAGAACAAAACGUAUCCAAUAUUAUCGCGAUCUUAACGAUUAUGAAAUGAAAUCCACUCAUUCUCAGACAUUAAUUGAAUACUGUCUAGAAAAUUCCACAAACAACAUCAAACAAACUAUCCAAUGA